AUGCUUGGGGAUAAAUUCCCGGAUUUUGAAUGCCAUACAACUGCAGGCGUUUUUUCGCUGCAUGCUUGGGCCGAACAAAAACGGACUUUAUGUCCUAAAGACCCAUGGAUUUUGUUUUUCAGUCAUCCAGCCGAUUUCACGCCCGUUUGCACGACCGAAAUCUCGCAGCUGAUGAAAGAACAAGCGAAAUUGGAAGCCUUGAACCUAUACCCUAUAGGGCUUUCGGUUGACGAUCUUGAAUUUCAUUUGAAGUGGAGGGAACAUUUAUCGAUUUUUUCGGGACUAAGCGCUACAGAUGUGCCACCCAUCAUUGCCGAUCCCAACGGGAAAAUCGCGUCAUUGUUGGGGAUGUUAGAUUCUUAUGACCACGACCCUUCCAAUGUGAUUAAUGGGAUUCCUUUGACCGUCAGGAGUGUGUUUGUUCUUGACCAUCGCAUGUCAGUUAGAGCUAUCUGGACAUAUCCGGCUUCAGUUGGCAGACUUUGGUCCGAGAUUUUCCGUGUCGUAGAGGCCUUGCAGCUAUCUGAAAAAUACCCAAUUGCCACGCCUGAAUCUUGGACUCCAAACUCUGCUGUCCUUAUUAGGGCCAACAUCAGCACUGAAGAUGCCAUGCCCCUCUUGCCAAAGGACACCAAAGUUUCGGUCCCCUUUUCCGACAUCCCGUACGUUCGCUUUGCUAAGCUGUGA